CCCGCUGUAGCUGGAGGUGAAGCUGCCUCGCGCUCGCUGCCAUACUGAAGCAGGUGUCCAACAUGGCGAACGCAGGCUGCGGCUCUCUGGCGACUAUUCUCUUUUCAUUCGUCUUUCAGGCGGCUCUUCUCAAAGGAGCUGCACAGUACCCAGUGGUGAGUCAGAACCUGGUGACGGACAACGUGUCGGUGGUGGAGGGAGAGAUGGCGAUCAUCAGCUGUCGGGUGAAGGACAGCGACGACUCGGUGAUACAGCUGCUCAACCCCAACAGGCAGACCAUUUACUUCCGAGACAUGAGGCCACUGAAAGACGCUCGCUUUCAACUGGUGAACUUCUCAGAGAACGAGCUGCGGGUGUCACUGUCUAAUGUCUCGCUGUCAGACGAGGGUCGAUAUGUUUGCCAGCUCUACACGGAUCCCCCGCAGGAAGCCUACGCUGACAUCACUGUGCUAAUUCCUCCAGGUAACCCCAUCAUCGAGGCCCGGGAUGAGGUCCUGAGCGAGGGCAACGAGACAGAGAUGACCUGCACUGCCAUGAGCAGUAAGCCUGCCGCCACCAUCCGAUGGAUGAAGGGAGAUAAGGAGCUUCCAGGCAAGCCCAGAGUUGAGCUGACCUACGACAAGAUGUACACCGUCACCAGCCGCCUGACGUUCACCGUGAACAAGGAGGACGACGGCGUGCCUGUGAUUUGCAUCGUAGACCACCCGGCAGUCAAGGACUUCCAAGCACAGAAAUACCUGGAGGUGCAGUACAAACCGGAGGUCAAGAUCGUGGUGGAAUUUCCUCAGGGUCUGACCAGGGAAGGAGAGAACUUGGAGCUGACGUGUCAGGCCAAAGGCAAACCCCAGCCGCAGCUGGUGAGCUGGGUGAAGGUGGACGACGACGUGCCGUCGCACGCCGUCAUCACCGGCGGCGAUCUGUACAUCGAGAACCUGAACAAGUCCUACAACGGAACCUACCGCUGCGUGGCGUCCAACUCGGUGGGGGAGUCCUUCGACGACUACAUCCUCUAUGUCUAUGAUGCUCUCACCACCACCCCUAUACCCACCACAGCCACCACCACCACCACCACCACCACCAUCACCACCACCAUCUCCUACCCCGAAGUCAAUCAAGACACUGCGCCCAGCACUGAACCUGCAGCUCAUGAUUCCCGAGCUGGAGAAGGAGCGCCGCGGACGGUGGACCACGCAGUGAUUGGGGGAGUGGUGGCCGUGGUCGUCUUCGCCAUGCUCUGUCUACUCAUCGUCCUGGGGCGCUACUUUGCGAGACACAAAGGUACCUACUUCACACACGAAGCCAAAGGAGCAGACGACGCAGCGGACGCAGACACAGCCAUCAUCAACGCAGAGGGUGGCCACACCAACUCGGACGAAAAGAAGGAGUACUACAUCUAAUCAAAGCAGGACCCCUCACUCCCGUGUCCCCUUUGGGACACGCCGAGCUGGUUUUGGGGGCCGGGGAAAGGGGUUGGAGAGGGGUCGACGGUGGUUCAGGAUCACUUUUAGUGAGAGUAGAGGGGUCAACGAGUAGACGAUAAAUGGGUUUUUAAAGGAAGGCCUGGUUUUAAGCCGUUGUUUAGUCUAGUCUGCAGAUGUAGAUGGAAUGUUUUGUGUGUUCAAAAAAAAAAAAAAAAAAUCUAAAAUGGAGGGGGGAAAAAAUGGGAGGGAUUUGGGGUAAAGUGAGUGAGGGGAUGGGUUGGGGGCGGGAGGGUGCGCCAGACGUUGCCAGAAAUCACUGUAGAGAGCUUCACCAUUCGACACCUCCCCGACUGCUGGUACGACUUUUCAUUCAGCUCAACCAUUUGCAGAAAAUUCUGUGCCUUGUUCUAAAUUUCUGUUUGGUUUCGUUCUAUCCACACUUUGAGUUUGCGUUGAUCCUCAUUUGCAUAACGGUGUUGUUCCCCCUCUUCUCCCGUCUCAUCCUCCUCACUUGUGAAAAUCGAUGUGCUGUUGGCUUUUUGUAUGAGGGUGAAAAAAAUUACACGGCCACUUUAUUCAUUUUCCCAGAUGUAUCCGCGCACACACACGCGCGCGUCCUCUCUCCUGCGCGACAAAAACUCUUUCCAGUAUACUGUGAUUUGUCUCAAGCCAUUGCUCCCCACUCCUUUAGACAGCUCCAGAAAAUGCAUGGAAUACUUUACAUAUCAUUGUACAAAGGACAUACAUGAGAAAACCGGCUGGAUGUACUGUAUAUGCCAUCCCUGCCCCCCUCCUUAACAAAACCUAAUCCCUAAAAAACGAAAAAAGGCAGUAAAGAACGAUGUGAAAGGAUCUUCCCAUUCAAUUUGGCCAAGUCAGUUUUGAAUUCAUUUUUUAGCUUGUUGUCGUUCUUCGGAGCAGAUAUACUGCUGCAUCUCAAACAAUUACUUCUCCUGGUAAAGUGAAGCAGUGCAUUAUCUCUUUCCUCACCGUGCUGUCGUUUCAUUAUAGUAAUUUCUUCCUCUGUUUAGUAUUAUUUUUCUUCUGUUCCGUUAAAUGGCAGCCUCCUUUUCCCACCGGCUUCUUUUAUUGAGUUGUAAUGAUGAGAUUUAAGCGGUUUCCAUCUGUCCUCACUCCGGAAUAUAUUUUUCUUACGAAAACGGGAAAGUGGGAAGAAUCUGAGUUGUUUUCAAAUAGUUUCUGGCGGACUCUGAGUGAAGAUGUUAAAAGGGCCGUGGAAGGGAAAAGUAUUUGGUAUUGUUAUUGGUCAAUCAGCAGCCAUGUACAUAACUUUAACGAGCAGAGAAAGAGCCUUGAACAAACUCCAAACUGAAACACAUUCAAAUUUAAUUUUAGGAAUACUUAAGCUGCACAAAACAAAAAGGGAAAAAGGAAACGGUCAACACAAUCCAAUGUAAAUCAAACCGAUCCCCGCUGUAUUGUGCACUAAUCCUUACUGAGAAACAUUUCUGACGACUUACUAGAAUUACAAUGGAGUGCUACCUUCUGUGGAUUUUGUCGUAUCACAUUGUCAAACUGUUCAAACAGAUCAAAUGUGUGGUAACGUCAGCGGCCCUCCAACCGCCGCGCUCCGACAGACAGCUCGGUCCAUCCGCUGUGCGUGACGCAGCUGAUCGACCAGCCGAUGGAGCUGCUCCGCUCCUGCAGCUCGAGUGCUCCAACACGCCGCGUCUUUCCGCAUGUCUGUGCGUGUCGAAACUCGCUCUCCCUGCGUCCUUAUCGCGCUUCGCGUGUCACCUGCCAAAACCCAACGAGGAUCUGUUUUGCUGCGCCAGCUGGGAGGCAAACUGAGGAAAUGCCAAAAGUAAUUAAUUGUUUGCAGGCGAAGUUAAUACACAUGUCGUUCUCCGUGGUGUUAAUCCACGGUUUGCAUUAACCCCCCCCCCACACACACACACCCGCUGCUUCUCAACAUGGCAAUGAGGGUCUUGUUGAUGGCGUCAUUUGUCUCUAUUAUGUGUUCACACGGCAAGCAAGCUCACUCGAUGCGUCCGUACGCCAUGCGACGGUGGCGGGUGGAGCGAGGUGGAGGUCCGCGUGUCACGAUAUUGCAUGUUUUAUCGAUGAUGAUUUGGACUCAUCAUCAUCGGCCCCAACGCUGGCUGCAGUUCUCUGCAGUCCUUACGGCACUUAUCCCUGUGGUGGGGGGGGGGGGGGGGGGGGGGGGGGGGGUAUUGUCAAAGUGAAGUUACUCUCAAGUGAAGAAAGCUAGAAUCAACUGGACAAAACAAAUGACAUCGGUCCGGAAAGAAAAGUGGCAAGACCCACAAGUUAGUUUGAACCCUCCAAAGUGAUAUAUAUAUAGAUUGUGAAUGAAAUUAGAAAAAUGAGUGUAACUUCCGACAAAAUUUGUUAAUCAGCACGAAGGCAUAACAACCAUAUUUUAGCUAAAUCAUAGCAAUUUGGGUGGCGCAAUUAAAAAGAGCGUAAGGCAAUUCAGUGAUUCGACCCACCUAUUUAGUAAGUAAGUAGCUCAUGUCACAUUAACAACAGAUAAUGUGACACAAGGAAACGUGGGAAAUAGAGAAAACACAUGUAAGUGCAGAAAUUCCGCAAGUCGUAUCAUACAAAACUUUGUCUUUGAUUUGUUUGUUUGAAGCCAUACAGGGUUUCCAUUGGUUGUCUUCCCUCAGAAACAUCGAUUGUUUGCACGUCGUUAUGCCUUGUGUGUCUCGUCUAGCUGGAUUACGUGUGUUUUCUAUGAAUGCAACACGUGUGUUGUCAGAGUGGCAAAGAUAUUUUGUUCAUUUGCCUGUGUUUUCCUCACGUUGUCCACUCUCUUCGCCCGCUGUAACAGAAACAAGAUUUCCCCUGAUUUUUACGCCGAAAAGGCCACUGAACACCACUUUUACACUCAGCCCUUUUUUGGGGAAAGUAAUGGAUUCUUUCAGGGGCAAUGUGUGAGAACUGGUCAACCGUUAAAAGCUUCACAAGAAACCAGAAAUUGAACUCUUGUCCUUCCUCCCUUUCGCCUAAACCGUAGUCGGACGGCCGCUUCAGUGGAGUUGCUUGCCACGUGUACACUGACAUCUAAGAAAUUUUAAUACUUGCCAUGUUAAAGCAUUUGAUUGGAUUUUGUGAAUGUGCAACUCAGAUUGCAACGUGAUAGCUUUAUGGUCAUGCAUGAAGACAGCAUCUUUUUGUAUUGAGAAUGUGGGUUUAGGUUUGUCACUUGAGAAGGUUGUUGUGAUGUACAUUGUGCAAACUUCCCUUUCCUCAGCAUAACAUAUGUGCACAUUUUGAAGUAAUUAAAUUUUUAUAUAUUCCUCUCCGUUUGUUUUCUGCUAAUUGAGAAGGCAGGCGGUUAGCUUCGCGGAGCUGUGGACAUUUUUUUUAGCUUUUCCCUUGGAUGUAGCAGUUGUCGAUGGGAGCGACCGGAGGGAUGUUUGAGACAUCAGAGGUGCCGUGUCCAACUCUCUCCAACUGUUUCUUCUUCUGUUAAAACUUGAGUUAAUCUAAAAGUUCUGUGUUCAGAAUGGAAUCACCACUAAGUUAACACUGUAUGCUGAUGACACUGUUUUGUGUUUGUUACAUGGGCGGGGGCGGGCGAGGGUUUAUCGAUUAGGUUUUGAUGUUUUAUGGUCUGGUUUCUGAUCAAACUAUUAGCUGACUUGUUAUCGUGGCUUUAUGAAUCACAGAGCAGAUGUCACAUCAUCUGUGAGACUGAGAUUGUGUGAUUUGUAUUUUACAGUGAGCACUACAUGUACUUCGCUUCAGUGACAUGUGGCAGCCUCCAUUUAAAUCAGACUUCAAAACAUGUACUUGCCAAUAAAGGAAUAGAAGUGAAAAGUGUCUUCUCCCUGAUGGCUGAUGCAUUAAUAUUUUGUUUGUGAGUAUUAAACCUAUUGUGGGUUGGUACUGGUAUUGGAGUGUUUAUCCAAAUGUUAUCCUUACUUUUUCCAAAGUUCCAGUUUAACAAGUAACUAGAACGAAACAUUACAAAAAUGGCAUUCAUCUAGACAUUAUUUCAGAAAUGAUGAAAAUUCAAUUUGAAGUAAAUAGAAGGAUAUUUAAUGUCAUUGUACUUAUUGAUUUUAUUUUCUAUUUAACACCCAGUUAAGUAAAAGAAAAAAAGGAAAAUGGAUUUUGGUCUUACAGUGUAACUGAUGUAAUUUUCUUCACAUUAAAUUCUUUUGAUAAUGUCCCGUCUCAGGUUCAUGCGUUGCUGACUGAUGUGAAUACAUCUCAGGUAGAAUGCAAAGUUUAGGCCCCAACUGUCAUGAAAGACAAGUAAAAUUCAUCCUCAUCCGACUGAAUUCAAAGCAUCCUUGUAGAUCCCACAGGCAAAAUUGGUGAGAUAUUUUGCAUAUAUGUUGUACAUGUUUUCUGUGUUUUCCUUAAUAUUUGGUGCACUGUAAAAGAUGUGUUUUUAAGUAUUACUUUGUGUUUGCAUAGGUCAUAAAGAGUACACUGUUUAUUGGAAUGAAGCAGGAUCAGAAUCGUGUUGUGGCUGUACUACUGUCACUUUCAGCACACCACCGCCUUUAGAAACUCGUUUCAUCCCCCCCACCCCCCACCCCCCAAAAAUGUAUUGUUUCACCAGUUAUUGUUUUUAGAUUGAUUCUUUUUGUCUCUCUGCUGUUCUUGGGAAAUGUUAAUGUGCAUUAAUGGAGAAAAAGGAGUUCCACAUUCCCAUACAUAUUUUGUAUUGGUUCAUAAAUAGACAUUUUUACAAAAACAAUGAAGAGUUCUUGUCAAUAAAAAAGAAAAGAUAUUAAUGUCCAAAAUAA